AUGGGAGCCGGCGGUUCGGCGAACCGCUGCCCUUUGGCAGGAGAUCGAAUGGAGUAUAGCAACAUUACGCUUUCGGUGGGAGACCGCGUCGCUACUCUCAGCCUCAACCGACCGGACGCACUCAACGCGCUCAACCCGGACUUGCUCGCCGAGUUUUCCCACGCGGUCGCCGCCGUUAGCGACGAUUGCUCCGUAAAGGCGAUGGUGGUGCGGGGCGAGGGCCGGGGUUUCUGCGCUGGCGCUGACCUGCUCUACUUCGACGAGGUUUUCGAAGACCUGUCCCUGCUGCCCGAUUACGUGGAGGACCUCAACGACGCCUUCUUCGCUUUGGAAGCCAUGCCCAUCCCGACCAUCGCCGUUGUGCAUGGGUAUGCCUUGGCCGGAGGCAUGGAACUCAUGAUGGCUUGCGAUAUGGCCGUUGUCGCAGAGGACGCGCGAAUAGGUGACCAGCACGCCAACUUCGGGUUGAUCCCCGGUGGCGGCUCCACCCAGCGCCUGCCGCGCCGGGUCGGCAUGCCCCGCGCCAUGGAACUGCUGACCACGGGCCGGUGGCUGUCCGGCAAGGAAGCCGUCGAAUGGGGCCUGGCUCUCCGGUCAGCUCCGCCGGAAUUCCUCGAGGCUGAGCUGGAAUCGCUCCUUGAGGGCCUUCGCGCCAAGAGUCGGGUGGGUCUCAACCUCAUGAAAUCCCUGGCCCGCCGUAGCCAGGAUCUGCCCCUCCGAGAUGGGGUCGCGCUGGAAGGCGCAAACUUCACUCACGUGUUCGCCACGUCGAGCCAUCCCCGCGAGGGCAUACGGGCAUUCAAAGAGAAGCGCCAUCCCGAGUUCUGA